GUGACGUCACUGCCCGCCCCUUGACCCCCGUGAUCCCGCCCCCUUCCCUGCCUCCCUGUAGCCAGCGGCGGCUUCCCUGGACGCAAUGGAGGGAUCCGAGCCGGUGGUCGCACCUCGAGGGGAAGAGGCGUCCUGCUCUUCCUGGGGAGCCGGCAGUACAAAUACAAAUUUGCCCAUCAUGUCAACAGAGUACGUGGAGAUCGAUGAUGCAUUAUACAGUCGACAGAGGUAUGUUCUUGGAGACACAGCAAUGCAGAAGAUGGCCAAGUCCCAUGUUUUCUUAAGUGGUAUGGGUGGUCUUGGUUUGGAAAUUGCAAAGAAUCUUGUUCUUGCAGGAAUUAAGGCCCUUACCAUUCAUGAUACAGAAAAAUGCCAAGCAUGGGACCUGGGAACCAACUUCUUUCUCUGUGAAGAUGAUGUUGUUAAUAUGAGAAACAGGGCUGACGCUGUUCUUCAACAUAUUGCAGAACUAAAUCCAUAUGUUCAUGUCACAUCAUCUUCUAUUCCUUUAAAUGAAACCACAGAUCUUUCCUUCUUAGAUAAAUACCAGUGUGUAGUAUUGACUGAAAUCAAACUUCCACUGCAGAAGAAAAUUAAUGACUUUUGCCGCUCUCAGUGUCCUCCAAUUAAGUUCAUCAGUGCAGAUAUGCAUGGAAUUUGGUCACGGUUGUUUUGUGAUUUUGGUGAUGAAUUUGAAAUUUCAGAUACAACAGGAGAAGAGCCAAAAGAAAUCUUUGUUUCAAAUAUAACGCAAGGUAAUCCUGGCAUUGUCACUUGCCUUGAAAAUCAUCCUCACAGACUUGAGACAGGACAGUUCCUAACAUUUCGAGAAAUUAAUGGAAUGACAGGCUUAAAUGGAUCUGUACAACAAAUAACUGUGCUAUCACCAUUUUCUUUUAGCAUUGGUGAUACUACAGAACUGGAACCUUAUUUACAUGGAGGCAUAGCUGUCCAAGUUAAGACUCCUAAAACAUUUUACUUUGAAUCAUUGAAGAAGCAGAUAAAACACCCAAAGUGCCUUAUUGUGGAUUUUAGUAAACCUGAGGCACCUUUAGAGAUACACACAGCUAUGCUUGCUUUGGACCAGUUUCAGGAAAACUAUAGUCGCAAGCCAAAUAUUGGAUGCCAAAAUGAUUCAGAAGAACUGUUGAAACUAGCAACAUCUAUAAGUGAAACCUUGGAAGAGAAGCCUGAAGUCAAUGCUGACAUUGUGCAUUGGCUCUCUUGGACUGCUCAAGGCUUUUUACCCCCACUCGCUGCAGCAGUAGGAGGUGUCGCCAGCCAAGAAGUAUUGAAAGCUGUGACAGAAAAGUUUUCACCUUUGUGCCAGUGGUUAUACAUUGAAGCAGCGGAUAUUGUCGAAUCCUUAGGCAAACCUGAACGUGAAGAAUUUCUCCCACGUGGAGAUAGAUAUGAUGCCUUACGAGCCUGCAUUGGAGACACCUUGUGUCAGAAGCUACAAAAUUUGAAUAUCUUCUUAGUAGGAUGUGGAGCCAUAGGCUGUGAAAUGUUAAAAAAUUUUGCUUUACUUGGUGUUGCCACAAGCAAAGAGAAGGGAGUGGUUACAGUUACAGAUCCUGACUUGAUCGAAAAAUCCAACUUGAAUAGACAGUUCUUAUUUCGUCCUCAUCAUAUACAGAAACCUAAAAGCUAUACUGCUGCUGAUGCAACCCUGAAAAUAAAUCCUCAAAUAAAGAUAGAUGCACACUUGAACAAAGUAUGUCCAGCCACUGAGGCUAUUUACAAUGAUGAGUUCUUUACUAAACAAGAUAUGAUUAUUACAGCAUUAGAUAAUGUGGAAGCCAGGAGAUACGUAGACAGCCGUUGUUUAGCAAAUCUACGGCCCCUCCUGGAUUCUGGAACAAUGGGCACUAAGGGACACACUGAAGUUAUUGUACCUCAUUUGACUGAAUCCUAUAAUAGUCAUCGGGAUCCCCCAGAAGAGGAAAUACCAUUUUGUACUCUAAAAUCCUUUCCAGCUGCUAUUGAACAUACUAUACAGUGGGCAAGAGAUAAGUUUGAAAGUUCUUUUUCCCACAAGCCUUCAUUGUUUAACAAAUUUUGGCAAACCUAUUCAUCUGCAGAAGAAGUCUUACAGAAAAUACAAACUGGACACAGUUUAGAAGGCUGUUUUCAAGUUAUUAAGUUACUUAGCAGAAGACCUAGAAAUUGGUCCCAGUGUGUAGAAUUAGCAAGAUUAAAGUUUGAAAAAUAUUUUAACCAUAAGGCUCUUCAGCUUCUUCACUGUUUCCCUCUAGAUACUCGAUUAAAAGACGGCAGUUUGUUUUGGCAAUCACCGAAGAGGCCCCCCUCUCCAAUAAAAUUUGAUUUCAAUGAACCUUUGCACUUCAGUUUCCUUCUGAAUGCUGCAAAAUUAUAUGCUACUGUCUAUUGCAUUCCAUUUACAGAAGAGGAUUUAUCAGCAGAUGCCCUCUUGAAUAUUCUUUCUGAAGUAAAGAUUCAGGAAUUCAAACCUUCCAACAAGGUUGUUCAAACAGAUGAAACAGCGAGGAAACCAGACCAUGUUCCUAUCAGCAAUGAAGAUGAGAGGAAUGCUGUUUUCCAACUAGAAAAGGCUAUUUCAUCUAAUGAGGCUACCAAAAGUGACCUUCAGAUGGCAGUGCUUUCAUUUGAAAAAGAUGAUGAUCAUAAUGGACACAUAGAUUUCAUCACAGCUGCAUCAAAUCUUCGUGCCAAAAUGUAUAGCCUUGAACCAGCUGACCGUUUCAAAACAAAGCGCAUAGCUGGUAAAAUUAUACCUGCUAUAGCAACAUCCACUGCUGCCGUCUCUGGCUUGGUUGCAUUGGAGAUGAUCAAAGUAGCUGGUGGCUAUCCCUUUGAAGCUUACAAAAAUUGUUUCCUUAACUUAGCCAUUCCAGUUAUAGUGUUUACAGAGACAUCUGAAGUAAGAAAAACUGAAAUCAGAAAUGGAAUAUCAUUUACAAUUUGGGAUAGAUGGACUAUACAUGGAAAAGAAGAUUUCACCCUCUUGGAUUUCAUAAAUGCAGUCAAAGAGAAGUAUGGAAUUGAGCCAACAAUGGUGGUACAAGGCGUCAAAAUGCUUUAUGUUCCUGUAAUGCCUGGUCAUGCAAAAAGAUUGAAGUUAACAAUGCAUAAACUUGUGAAACCUUCUUCUGAAAAGAAAUAUGUGGAUCUUACUGUGUCAUUUGCCCCAGACACUGAUGGAGAUGAAGAUUUGCCUGGACCUCCAGUAAGAUACUACUUCAGUCACGAUACUGAUUAACAGAAGUUGUCUUAAAGUUACCCUGGGACUACUUCAUUUUGGGAAAAAAAUGCACUUAAUUCAGAAGCUAAAAAAAUCAGCUCAUGAUAUGAUGUAUUUCUCUUCAAGGAAGCCUUAAUUUAAGGGAAACACCAGUAGGAAACUACACUGGAGAACUGCAAAACAUUUUGGAGCAUAGUAUACUCUUGUCUAGUGCUUCAUAUGUGGAUAUGAUCACAAUCAACUUUGAACUUGAAUGCCAACUUUUGAACUGUAUAAUGCGUACAACAAAUUUGUGUAUUAACUUCUGUCUGAAUAGAAGGAAAAAAUAUCUAUACAUCACCAGAAGAGAUAAAAGAUCAGGAAUUUGAAAAUAACAAAUGCUAUCCAAAAAGUUUAAUCCCAUUUUAUAAAUUUCUUAUUUGUUUAGUAUUUGAGGUUCAUUUUUUUAUACAAGUAGUGUAGGGCACCCUGUACUUCUCAUGAUUAGGUUUUGAAUUUAACAAUGGUGGGAAGCAGAGGGAUGGUAGCAGUGGAUGAAGAAUAGACAUAUUAAGUUGUACAGUUACAGUUUACUAUCCUGUUACCUCUACUAGAUUAACCAGUUUGUUAUAUCACUGUCUCCCCAAAAUCAGGAUCUUUGCUGAUAGCAUCAUUGUUGUAAGCCAUGAGCAAUAGGUCAGAUGACACGUGUUAACUUGGACUAAGUGUUAAAACAGUAUUAUUUGGACUCUGACAACCCUCUUAGAGAAUCCAUGAAUGUGAACAGAUAAAUGUGGCUAAUCAUUUGUUUUUCAAUAUGCCUUCUAAUGCGGCUGUUUUAUUUAUUUGGAACUUUAAACUUGAUUGUCAUAGUACGUAAGACUAAAAGGUUUUGUGAAGGGACUGUUUUUUAGAAGUAGAUGAAAACCAAAAAUUUAAAAAUCACUAGUCGAGUCUGGAUCUUUUUCUUUCAUCAACUUUAGUAGACAGAAAAAAAUAAUAAUUUAAUGUAUUAUUUUAUUCUGCAUUCCCAGAAAGGGAGUUGACAAAGAUAAAAAAUUUAUUUUUUUAGGUCUUUAUUAAUAGAAACUUUCUGUUUUCUGAUGAGCUGUUGCAGAUGUUCAUGUAAGUGCUUUGAUGAAAAUGAUGUAAAAAUAUUCAACACUGUAAACUCAGUGAAAACAGCAAGUGUUUCUUUUAUUCUAAGACUAUCAUGUAUUCUUAAAGAAUUGGCAUGUUGUAAACACAGAAAGUCAUUUCUCUCCAGCUGCUUUUCUUCUCCUUUCCUGUUCAGACCAUUAAUAGGUACUUUGAUAAGUUAAACAUUAAAUUCACAUCAACGAUAUUACUCCAGGUUGGCAUCUUUUUCAUACCCUCUACUUUUUCUUUUAUUUCAUUUACAAAUAGUUUAAAUUACUUUGUCAACCAGCUGUAUUGUUUUAUUCUUUUGUAAAACUAUCACCCAAUUGGGAAAAUAUAUUUAUUUGGGACCAGAGGGUAAAUUUAUAUGAUUAAAGGAUAAUCUGUGCAUUGGGAGGUGGGGAAAAGUGAACAGGAUGAGUUUGAAGGAAACGGCUACCUUUGAAAUAAGCAAUUAAUUAUGGGUUCACUAUAUCCUACCCUCUCCCAUUGUGCAUAUUGCAAUUUUAAUGUUUAAAAUUAGUAUUACUCAAAAUUUAAUCCAAGAAUAUCAGGGUUCUGUGGCUUGGAACUUUAUAGGCUAGGAAUAAUAAAAGGACUUUUCUAUAAGAAUUCUUUUCCCCACUUUCACUUUGUUUUGUACUCUAUGACAGUAACUGACACUUUCCAGGUAGCCAUUCAGUAAUACGCAACUAUGAUCUAAUAGCUUGCAUAUCUUUUGAUCUAAAUCUCACAUCUCUGAGAGUAAAUUUAGAAUUAUUAUAUCAGUUCUUAUUUAUAGAGAUCAGUGCUUUAGCAGAUACAAACAAAAUCAACAAGCAUUAAGUUCAUUUUGUGAUUACACUUGAAACCAUUUUAUCAUUGCUUUUUUUUUUCUGUAAGUAAUGGUUACUGCCAUUAAUUUCUUCUGUUUAGUUCUACUAAGCUGGGAAGCCAAGGUGGAGUUAAUAAUAUUUUUCAUUAUCUGUUUUGUUUAUUUCUGUACCAUGAAAUUACUGUUGAUGAUUGAAAUACCAGGUGCAGAAAUUAAUGAUUGAUUUUGUACGGUACCACUGAGUAGUUUUUUACUUAUUAAAAAUAAGAAAUUUGACAAUGUA